CAAACACAUGCGCGUUGCCGCUCGUCCAAAAUUCCACCUCUACGACUCCUUUUCCAAAGUGACAGGUUUCGUUUUUCCCUUUUAUUUAUUUUACGAAUACAAAUUAGUUAUUAAAAAUUGUGUUUGUGCAAGUUCGGACUGUCCAAAAUUCAUGUAGUGAACCACUAAAACAAAGUGCAACAGUGAUUAAAUUAGUUCGUUUGUCCAUGACGUUUAAUUCAGUUUCCUGUUACUAAAAAGGUGUCGUAGCAUCUGCCACUAAAAUCCAGUUUCGUAUAGCCAAAGGGCAUGGCGGUGAAACAGAAGAUUUCGGAGUGCGUGGAGCAGUCGGGAGAGAGACGUCUUCAAAACAUCUUGCGAGUUCUUCAGGACUUGCGGGCUCGGGAUGUUGCUCCGCAAGAUAAGUCUUGGACGAGUAUUGUUCCCAUACUGGGCACCAUCCAGGUUCCCAGCAAUCCACAAGAAUACACCCGCUUUAUUUGUGAAAUCCAUAGUGUUCGAGAGAUCCUAACAAAAGAGUGUUCCAAGGAGGAAGUGGUUUUUUUCACGCUCAAAUCGUUUUACGAUGAAAUUUCCAAGCAAGAGAGGCAACUGUCGCCGGCAAUGUCCAUUGUCUUGCAAUUGCUCAAUCCGGCUAGCAUACCGAAUGCAGUACGGUACAUUUUGGACACGGGUUAUCCAGACCAAAAUUUGGAACGUGCAUUGCUCACGUUGUGCACGUGGCUAACAAAAUGGACGUGGACCGAUAAUUUGGGGCCGCUUGUCCUUGCUUUUAUGCAAGGUCUGGAAGCUGAACACCACUACGAUAUUCUAGUGGAAGUCACGGUGGCUACUAUCGACCAACUGUUCAAAUUACUUAUUCUUCCCGACGCCCGAGUCGGCGUGGAACCUGUCGUCAUGUAUAUGUUGAGCAGAAUACAACACAGUCCUGAGGCCUUCCAUAGGGUGAUACCUCACAUUCCAUGCGUCCUACAAAUGUUGAGUAAGGAGAAGAGCGAAUCGAGUCUGAACUGUUUACAGAACAUUGUCGGUUUGUGUCUGGCGUUGAUGGACCAUUUUCCCAAUUACCCAAGUAUGUAUGAACCGCUUAAAUUAGAAUUCCGGCCGUACUGUCCCAAAGCAAAUUACAAGAGCCUAUUGGAAUGUCGCUCGUGGAUCGACGUGAGUGGUUCCACAAUUCUGCGACCCAUUCAAUGUAAAGUUGGCUUGAACAAUUUGGGCAACACCUGCUAUAUGAACAGUGUACUACAGGCGUUGUUCAUGACGAAAACUUUCAGGAAUGAACUAUUACUGUACCAUCAAGAAGCCACACUAUUGACUAUGAUGCAAGCGUUGUUUGCAUUACUGCAACACUCUAAAAGAUCUUCCUUGAGUCCUACUGAUAUUCUAAAUUUGUCUAGGCCACCCGGUUUUGUUCCAGGUCAUCAGCAUGAUAGUUCUGAGUUUUUGGGAUACUUGUUGGACACUUUGCAUGAACAAGAGAAGAACAUUGCUAGUGGAGAUGCCGGAGAUGUUGAAAUGUCUUGCUUGAUGUCUACCAUAGUACAACAGUCGUUUGGAGGCCGAUCAGUCACAGUGUCCAAGUGCGACGAGUGUUCAACCAAAAGUGAACGUGAAGACAAUUUCAGGGAGUUGCAGUUGUCCUUUCCGGGCAACUGUGAGAAUCAAUCGGUCCAAACGCUGCUGAAUUACUACUUCCAAACGGAAAAGUUGUCGGGCGACAAUCAAUACUACUGUGAUAUUUGCGGGGGAUUGACUGACGGCGAACGCGUCACGAAGAUACUGGAACAUCCCCAGAGACUUAUACUGACAUUAAAACACUUCAAAUACGAUCCGGUGUCGCAACAACGCACCAAACUGUUGCAGAAAGUCGAACUGGAUGAAUUCAUACAAUUGGAAACUGUCCAGUACAAAUUGUACGCCGCGGUUAUACAUUUCGGGUCCAGUGUGGACUCCGGACAUUAUUACACAUUCGCCAGAGACAGUGAUGACUGGUACAAGUUUAACGAUUGUUCAGUAGUGAAAACGAGUGCGGAGGAUUUGUGCCGUCUGAGACAGCUGGAAACACCGUACAUUUUAUUCUACUGCCGGCAAGACUGCCCCGAUCCUGAAAAUUUGCCGCGUACAUUGCUUUCAAAUCGGUUACAGUUGGUUUUGUCUAAGGACCUUUCCGAGUACGAGAUCGAACGAAAAAAGCCACUGAAGUCGUACAAUACCAAACAAAAUAGCAACGACGAACCGCCACCGCCCGGAUGUGGGGGAGGUGGAUUCAACAGUAACAAUAGUAAUAUGUUUGUAUGCUAACUGUAAUAUUUAUUAUGUAAAUAUACUAUUUGGUUCAUUGAAAAUUGUGCAGUUUAUUUAUUGAGUUAAUUCUACUUUUUAUUCAGUACCCACUCUAUUGUGGUGGCUGUUUUCCAGACUGAAUUAACUUCAUUGUAUAUUAUAUUAAUUGAUAAUAUAAUUGCCAAAGGCAUUGUAAAUUUGGUUUGAAGAUAUAUGGCAUGUACAUAUUUAAUUGAUGAAGCAAAUUGAAAUUGCACAAUUUUCCCUGAAAUCUUCAUUAGGAAUUUGGUAAUUUAUAUCUAGUAAAAUUAUAGUAUUUCAAUGUUAUUUAAUUAACUUGUUAAUUUUUGCAAAGAACUACUUAUUUUGUUUAUAAUUAAUAAAAUCAACCAUUUGUGAUACUGUAUAUUAUUUUUUAGAUUAAAUUAAUUUAUUUAUCAAUUUUUGCUCUGUAUCUACUUAAUGUCAACAAAAAAUAGUUUUCUAUGUUAUUUGUUACAAACUACAAAUUUAAGAUUGUAUUAUUUUUUCAAAAUUUAUAAACAGUCACUUGAUAAUUUAUGUAAUUAUUACGAAAAUUACAUAAUGGUAAUGUUCAAAGUAUUUGUUAUAACAUUAAAGAAUAUCUUUUUAUUGCA